UUUCCUUUUAUUUCAGAUGUUUUCAAGUCAGCAAACAUUUACUGAGGAUCUGCUGUGUAUAAGAUGAACAUCUGCAACAAGCCCUCCAACAAGACGGCCCCUGAGAAAAGCGUAUGGACUGCGCCUGCGCAGCCCAGUGGAUCCUCUCCCGAGCUGCAGGGCCAGCGAUCCCGCCGGAAUGGGUGGAGCUGGCCCCCUCACCCGCUCCAGAUUGUGGCCUGGCUGCUGUACCUCUUCUUUGCUGUGAUUGGCUUUGGGGUCCUUGUUCCCCUCCUGCCUCAUCACUGGGUGCCUGCCGGCUACGCUUGCAUGGGCGCCAUCUUUGCCGGCCACCUCGUGGUGCACCUGACUGCUGUCUCCAUUGAUCCAGCAGAUGCCAAUGUGCGGGACAAGAGCUAUGCGGGGCCCCUGCCCAUCUUCAACCGAAGCCAGCACGCACAUGUCAUUGAAGACCUGCACUGCAACUUGUGCGACGUGGAUGUGAGCGCUCGCUCUAAGCACUGCAGCGCCUGCAACAAGUGCGUGUGCGGCUUCGACCACCACUGCAAGUGGCUCAACAACUGUGUGGGCGAGCGGAACUACCGGCUCUUUCUACACAGUGUCGCAUCCGCUUUACUGGGUGUCCUGCUCCUUGUGCUGGUGGCCACAUAUGUCUUCGUGGAGUUCUUUGUCAACCCCAUGCGGCUGCGCACCAACCGACACUUCGAAGUGCUGAAGAAUCACACGGAUGUGUGGUUCGUGUUCCUGCCUGCUGCCCCUGUGGAGACCCAGGCCCCUGCCAUCCUGGCCCUGGCUGCCCUGCUCAUACUUCUGGGCCUGCUAUCCACAGCCCUGCUGGGCCACCUGCUCUGCUUCCACAUUUAUCUCAUGUGGCACAAACUCACCACCUAUGAGUACAUCGUGCAGCACCGCCCACCACAGGAGGCCAAGGGGGCCCACAGGGAGCUGGAGUUGUGUCCUCCCAAGAUGCGGCCCAUUCAGGAGAUGGAGUUCUACAUGCGGACCUUCAGCCAUGUGCGCCCAGAGCCCCCUGGCCAGGCCAGGCCAGCAGCAGUGAAUGCCAAUCCCGCUCAGUUUUUUGCUACCCGUGGCCAAGUGGAGCCUCCACCACCCUCUUCCCCAGACACUCUCGCCCAGCCUCCCCGGAUCCGACCCCAGAAAAAGAGGAAGAGGCGCGUGUAUAAAGUGCAGACGUCUGAGACCUCGGAUCAGGCGUUGGGGCCCAGGACCCCCGGCCGCCGCUCCAGGUCGUCGGCGGAUUCUGCGGACGCCAGCCCUGUGCACGCCGCUGGCCUUGCCGGCGCCUACCACUCGGCGUCAGCUGAAUCCGUGGACGAGAUUCCCGUGUCGCAGACGCGCCUGGGCAGCGCCGCUCUGGCCGCCCCGCCGGGCCGGGGCCGAGAGCUGGGGCUGGCGCUGCAGGCGCGCGCGCCUGCCGUUUUCGUGAGCCCGAGCAGCGGCGAACCGGGGGCGCCGGGCGGCCGGGAGGCCGGUCUGGCUUAGCUGGGCCAAGAAGCCGGAGGGCCAAGGAGGAGCGGCCGGCCCUACUCACUAUGCAACACCCACCCUUAUCGCACCGAGUGCACUUUAGGGGCCCCAGUGGCCGGCGGGAUUGGCCUCCCAUCCCCACGACUCAGCAAUACCCGCCCCACCGGUAGUGAUGCUCCAAUAAACUUUUUUAUGCUUUUUCGGA